ACAAUACAGAGGAAAAAAAAAAGAAGAAAAAACACACGACACUAUUCUCACGGAGUACCACCAAAAAUUCGGUGCGCAAAUUAAGCUCAAAAGAAGAGCAAACAUGGUGUGAAAACAAGAAUCUGUUGAAUCUUAAUCACAAACCUCUUUACGCUCUUUCUUUGUUGUUUUUUCAAUUUCCUCUCUUUCCAUAGACAGGAAUCUGAUGCAUAUUGGCAUAGAUCGAAUUGAGGUGGCAACAACCCACAUGAUUUUAAUCUGAAAAAAAAAAAACACACUCCAAACUCCACCUUUGUAUGAAUCCCUUUAUUAUCUCAGCUCAUGCUGUAUGUUUUCUGUCUCAAUCUUUGACAGGAUAUUCUUCCAGCAAUUCGACGUCUUCUUUUAUUUCAUUUCAUAUUUUAUACCCUUAGACAUUAGGUAGGACUUGGCAGUGAACAGGGCUUAUUUGUAUCGUUUUGAUACUUAAAUAGGGAAGUGAAUCGCUGCUUUACCUUUCCUAUUGCUUAUGAGGUGAAUUAAUGAAGACCCUUUCAAGUUUUCCUCCUAUUUGAAGCUUUUCUUGUUUGUUUGUUUGUGUUUAUUUUUUGUAAAAACCCAUUUCUUUGUUUUGGUUGGCAGCUGGUAUCGUCGCUGGAAUAAGAGGUUGAUUCUGAAAAAAAUUGUGGGAGUUUUGUUCGUGUUCAGAUAUUGCUGAGUCAAUGCUGUGAAAUCUAAGGAUGCAAUCUAGAGUUGGUAGCUUAGGGAAUUUGGAGGAAGGGAAAGAACCUUUAUUGAAAGUAACACAUCAGUUAUUUAGGCCUAUGCAUUUGAGAUUACUCCAGUUUAUAUUGUUGUUCUUAGGUGUAGCUAUUGUGUUUUCUUUUUUUAGUAUGUAUAUGAUUAGUUAUGCAGGAAACCAGAAUUUAGCCACAGUUGCACAAUCUAUACUUCUGCCCUGUGUACCUGAACCAAAUACUUUAGAAAGUUGGAUUAGGCCUCCAUCAAGUUCAUCGCAUGUAAUGAAUGAUUCGGAGCUGUUUUGGAGGGCGUCGUUUACUCCUAAGAUAAAAGAUUACCCUUUUAAAAGAACUCCUAAAAUUGCAUUCAUGUUCUUGGCUAGAGGGCCUUUGCCAAUGGCUCCCUUGUGGGAGAAGUUCUUUAAUGGAAGUGAAGGGCUGUAUUCUAUCUACAUUCACUCAUUGCCUUUCUACCGGCCAGAUUUUCCACCUACAUCGGUUUUCUACGGGCGACAAAUUCCUAGUCAGAUGGUUGAAUGGGGAAGAAUGAGUAUGUGUGAUGCUGAAAGAAGGCUGCUUGCUAAUGCCUUGCUUGACGUCUCAAAUGAGUGGUUUGUCCUCCUAUCUGAAUCAUGCAUUCCUCUGCACAACUUCAGUGUUGUCUACCGCUAUAUAUCAAGAUCCAGGUUCAGCUUCAUGGGUUCCUUUGACGAAGAUAGCCCUUUCGGAAGAGGCCGAUACAAUGAGAAUAUGUCACCGGAGGUUAACAUCACAGAAUGGCGUAAAGGAUCGCAGUGGUUUGAAGUCAAUAGAAAGUUGGCUAUUGACAUAGUUCAAGAUACCAUAUAUUACCCCAAAUUUGAACAGUUCUGCAGACCAGCAUGUUAUGUUGAUGAACACUAUUUUCCAACCAUGUUGACUAUCCAAUCUUCUCAUCUUUUGGCAAAUAGGAGUCUCACUUGGGUGGAUUGGUCCCGGGGUGGUGCUCACCCUGCUACAUUUCGUUCAAAUGAUCUGACAGUUCAAUUCUUCAAGAAGAUUUUCGAAGGUACAAAAUGUGUCUACAAUAAUCAGCCUACGAUCCUAUGUUACAUGUUUGCUAGAAAAUUUGCUCCCAGUGCUUUGGGCACAUUGUUAAACCAUUCGUCAGAAUUUUUUGGAUUUUGACAAAAAAAAAAUGAAGAUAUAGUAUUGAAGAGUAGCAUUAUAUGUAGGCAGUAUUGAAGAGCUUGAAUGUAGUUUAUAUACUCAAAGACCGAUUUAUAGGCAUAUUUUAAACAAGUGGCAUUAUAUGUAGGCAGUAUAGAGGAGUGCUUCCCAUGUAUCUUUUAGAGUUUAGAAACUUAACACUCCCUCCGGUCCUUAUUAUAAGGGAUUUUGAUUUCAUUAGAAAUAUAUUUUAAAGGUUUUUUUUUUUCAAUUAAAAAGACAUCUUAGGUUAAACCUAGGAUGAUAUUAAAAUACCUUAUAAUAAGGACUGGAAGGAGUACAAUACCGUGUUGUUUGCCACUGUUUUAUUGCAUAGAUAUAUUCUUUCACCUUCCUGGAAUGGAAUGCAUAAUGUAAAAGUCACGGUGUGAUGUUUCUUUUGAUGGUAACAUUUGCAGAUGUUUUUUUCGAC